CAACCCACAUACGAUCCGAAUGAGAUUCGUUGCCACUAUAGUGAAUAUCCUGCAAUCUCUUGUAUUGAUGCAUUGGAACAAAACGUUGGUUCUGUGAAUGUGACGAUAACAUGGCAUCGAAUUCCUUUUACUGAGAAUAUAGCAAAAAAAUAUCGUUUUGGAAAGCAUACUUCUUCCUUACCUGAUUUGAUUGGAGUUCGUAAAAAUUUAUUAGAACAAAUUCGCGUAGCUUAUAGAUAUUACGGAGAAAAUAGUUGUGUAAUGCAUGAGGGUCGCGGUCGAUGUAUUGGAGCUCCUGGAUGGAGACGACUUUUACGCUUUACUUCGUCUUCCAUCAAUUCGGGUAAAACUGAUAUUCAUCUAGGAAAUGUGACUGAUCCUGAUCACUUGUAUCAUGGUGUAGUUGAAUGGGAUAAUUGUCAUAAACAUUUUCAUUUCCAACAUUUUGGUACAUACCUUUUCGGUGAAACACUUGGACGUAAAGUGGGAUUUUGCCUGCAAACUACAUGGCGUUAUUUUAAUACAGAAUAUACUGAUUUAAAUACUCCAUACGAUACUUGUGCUUAUCAAGGGAUCAGUGUUGGUUGGGGAGACGACUAUGUAGCAGGAUUGGGUUGUCAAUGGAUCGAUGUUACUGAUUUACCUGCACAAGAAGGUAUUUUAAGUGAAAAUUUAAAUCCGGAUG